GUUGGGAAGGUCCACCACCACCACGAGGCUGUGAAGUUUUUGUGGGAAAAAUUCCCCGUGAUAUGUAUGAAGAUGAACUAGUUCCUGUUUUUGAAAGAGCUGGGAAGAUCUAUGAAUUCAGGCUGAUGAUGGAAUUUAGUGGCGAGAAUCGUGGAUAUACAUUUGUAAUGUAUACAACCAAAGAAGAAGCUCAGCUCGCUAUUCGGAUCCUUAAUAAUUAUGAGAUUCAUCCUGGGAAGUUUAUUGGAGUUUGUGUAAGUUUGGACAACUGCAGACUGUUUAUUGGAGCUAUUCCAAAAGAAAAGAAAAAAGAAGAGAUCUUAGAUGAAAUGAAAAAAGUCACCGAAGGUGUAGUGGAUGUUAUUGUGUAUCCAAGCGCAACUGAUAAGACAAAGAAUCGUGGCGGGUUUGCUUUUGUUGAAUAUGAAUCCCACAGAGCUGCAGCUAUGGCAAGAAGGAAACUCGUUCCUGGUAAAUUUUUCUUUUUCUCAUAUUCCAUUCUUGUUUAGCAACUAUUUCUUGAGUCUGAGCUUUAUGACUAUUGCAAAUCAUUGUGUUCCAAUCAUGUAGAAAUUGGCAGUCAGUGUUAGUAUUACUUUAAUACCCAAGUGGAUGACGGGGUGAGGAGUGAUGAGAUCUUUGCAAAAUGACAUUUGGGGGGGGGGGCACAAACAUAUAGCACACUGCUCUUCUUUAGUUUCUUGUCAAUGGGCAUUCCAGUUAACACCAGACAGGCGUGAAGGAGCGGCCUGGGUUUGCUCCAGCAGGAAGUGGGUCACAAUUCAACCGUCUGCACAGCCCACUCCCAAAGUUGGCCGCAGACACAGGGACCAACCAGCAUCAGCCAGGAGUUGGAUUUUCCCAGCUCUUUUUUGCUCUGGUCCUAAGGACUCGAGCAUGGCAUCACUGCGGCUUCCGGACGCUUUGGAAGCAUACAUCAUGUCUUCAAAAUAGCCAGAAGCCACUUCAUUUGGCCCGUCAGUUCUGGGCCAGAGAGAGAAAGUCCAUUUGGGUUGAAACAAUGUUCAUAACUGUAUGUUCCUUAAAGUUGUAAUGAACUGAUGCAAAAUUUCUUCAACUGUUCUGGGGAUCUGUAUACAAAUGAGUCUUUAUUAGCAAAAACAAUGAAUGGAUACCAUAUCUUAAUAAAAUUGCUCUCAUCGA